CAAGCAACUGAUUUAAUAAUAUAGUACAGUAGAGAUCAAGAAGCAGAUCACCACCCCUCUUCCUACCCAUACCGAUCGGUCAACCCACAUCGGAGCACCCGGCGAUGGCCGUGGUCUCGGCGGCGGUGGACGCCGUGGUGGCGCUCUUCUCGCUGACCAUGGCCGUGGCGGCGCCGCUGUUCGACUCCCAGGUCGUCCUCCCGGCAAACCUCUACCCGGCGCCGCUGGUGGGCAUCUUCCGGUGGUUCGUCGCCGAGUUCGGCCACUACGUCGUGGCCGACCCGCCGCCCUUCUUCCGCGGCCUCGUCUGGAUCGACCUCGCCUUCCUCUGGCCGGUCAGCGUCGCCAACCUCUACGGCAUCCUCGCGCGCCGCCGCUGGUCCGCCGCCACCUCCCUCAUGGCCGGCGUCCACAUGCUCACCUACCUGUCUGCCAUGUUUGGGGAGAUGUUGGGUUCAGGGAGAGCAACACGGAAGCUGCUGCAGCUGUACGCUCUGUUCGUCGUUUUUGCUAUAGCUUCAGUUCUGCGUGGUCUCUGCUGGUGCUCGACACAGGCAACACCGGCAGGCCCGUCACCUGCGCAUCCUGCUCGGAAGAAGAGGGUAUAGGUCCCUGAGAUCACACAUCAGGAGGAAAUUUGAGUUCUCUUUACUUGAGACUUGAAAAUAUGUAAUAAGGUUCGUACACUUUUUUUUUUGAAAAUGGAUUAAUCAGCUACUAUAAUCUUUUCUCAAUGUGUCACCAAUCGUAGUGAAUGAACAAACAAAACGGGUGCAAAGCGCUCAAUUCAAA